AUGUCUUCAGUUAAAUUUUCAACCUUCUUUGCUUUCUUCUCAAUAAUCCUCAUUGUGGAAUUGCCUUUGUCUCAAAGCUUCCUUUUCGGCGGAUUAGGAGGUGGUGGAGAAUCUAAAGGUUGCUGUUGUUGCUGCCCUCAACCAUGUGCACCACCACCUCCUCCAACUCCAUGUGGCUCGCCUUGUUGUUGCUGCAAUCCUUGCGGAGGUGUACCUCCUCCUCCUCCAGUUCCUGCUCCAUCAUGUGGAGGUAAUUAUUAA